UCAGCACACCCAAGUCUUGGUUGAUUCUAUGGAUAACAAAAAAUCAGAUGACCACCACCUAUCAGAAUCAGAUAUUCUCAUCUCUACAGAUUUUGUUCACAAGCAUCCCACAAAUGAAGAUAUCCAAUUGAACAACCUGAAACACAGCACUACGGACACAAGCUUCUCAGCACCUGUUGCUAAUUUAAAUAUAGACACUGAUGGUAUGUGUUCUGAUCUUGAUGACAAGAUCUGGAAUGAGGAAACUAUAAGACAAGUUGAUGACUCAAUUGCAACAUUUAGAAACUCACAACAGACUCCACCCGAAAGCAUGAUACCUAUGAAUCCUCUUGUGUACUGCCAUGUCUUUGUUUCAAUGCCUGUUCAAAGAGUUGUACACCAACAUAUUGUGAGCAACAUACCGCCUCCCUUCCCUGCAAGAAGCCCAAAGAUUGUCAAAAUGGUUUCUGUCAAUUGGGUUGAUCAUCGGACAUUUGGUCUUUCAAUGCAAGUAUAUGGUUAUGUAUCUCAUCAUGUCAUGAACAUCAUGGGUGUUGCUAUCAUCGAAGCACAGUACACAAAACAUAUUCGCGGACUCUUACAGGAUGAUGAGUGCGGCAAGCUCAUCAUCCAUAAUGACUUAGCAGUAAGCUGACACACUGCAGUAACAACUCUUUUUCUUUUUCUCUUUUUAAUUUCUGCAAAUUUUAUUAUGAAUCAAUGUAUUUUUUUCACAGGUUAUGCUUCAAGAUAUUGAAUCGAUACCUGCUGACAUAGUUGUUAGUCUUUCAGAGAAGAAAAUUGGAUUUAGACUAGACAACGCAGAUUUGGUGUUUGUGCCCCUAAGGAAAUACAGCUACCGGUAUAUUGUUGUAGCAAAUUUCAGAGAUGGUAGAUUCGAAGUCAUAUGCCCUUUCAAGGACAUAGCAAUAAUACAAUCAGAUGCCUUCAAUAUUUUUGGAAGUGUCUCCAACCAGACCAACCACAAUGACAGUGGGGUUUUUGUUCUACAACUUCUUCUAGCGUACGAUGGCAAGACACAUUUCCACUUCAAAGAGGAGCAUGCGAAGCCAUUGCGUGAAUCUAUAACAUAUUAUCUAUGCACUCAUGAGGAGAACGAAUUGAUCAUGCCAGAAAUAAAGGACAUUGCAAGACAACAUGGAAUUGAAGUUCAGAAUUACAAAGCCAGGGGUAAAAGCACAAGCAGAAAGUAAUCGUUCAUCUACAUGGCAGUCAAGGAAAAAGUUUUUUUGUCAGCUGCAAAUUUUUUAGUUCAUUUUUUUAAAUGUCAGCUGUAUAAAUAUUUGGUAUGCUAAACAAUAUUUGGAAAGGAUCAUAUAUCUUAUUCAUGUAUUUUUUUCGUAGUUUUUUUAAUGAUCUUUUUAUAUGUGUUAAUAAAAUUGAAACGAAACUUACUUUUA